GUCAAGUGGAUCUCCAUCCACGUGGAUUUGUUUAUAUUUUCUGCGGCUCUGUGAACGUCCGUCAUAAAGGACAGCACUCGAGUGUUCUGCAAGACGCAUUGUACAAAUUUGUGUAGGAUUACAGUGCACACAAAAAAAUUGCGAAAAAUUAUCAUAACCAUGGCCCUAUCCAGAAAGCGGGAUUCAACAAAUUGCAUAAAAUGUAUUCUUCUAGAUAUCGAAGGAACUACAACUCCAAUAUCGUUUGUUAAGGAUAUUCUCUUUGGAUAUGUCAGAAGUAACUUGAAAGAAUAUCUGGAAAAACAUUGGGAGGAGGAUCAAUGUCAGCUAGAUGUCCAAUCUCUCAGAGAGCAGUCAAAAAAAGAUUUGGAAGAGCACAAGUCACAGAAAGAAUCAAAUAAAGACAAGCCCAAGGAAGAUUCUAAAGAUGAGAAGUCACAGAAUGAUUCCAUAGAAGAUAAACUCCCUCCAGUAAUACCUAAAAAAGGCGGUAGUUCGGCGUUAAUACGUCAGGCAGUGGUUGAAUAUGUCUUUACCAUGAUGGAUGCAGACAGGAAGGUGACAUCAUUGAAACAACUUCAGGGACAUAUGUGGAGUAAUGCAUAUUCAUGUGGAGAGGUUGUUGGAGAAAUAUAUAAGGAUGUACUUCCAGCAAUUAUACACUGGAAAUCAGAGGGAAAGAAGAUAUACAUUUACUCAUCAGGGAGUGUUGAAGCUCAGAAGUUGUUAUUUGGUCACACAAAAGAGGGUGACAUACUUGAAUACAUAUCAGGACACUUCGAUACAAAAAUCGGAGCUAAAGUGGAAAAGGACAGCUACUGCACUAUUGCAAAAGAAAUACAAUGUGAAACAAAGGAGAUUCUUUUUCUCACUGAUGUCACUCGAGAAGCUAGACCAGCUAAACAAGCUGGGUGCCAAGUAGCGAUAGUUACAAGACCAGGUAAUGCUACGCUAUCUAGCGAUGAACUUGAGGAAUUCCAACACGUCUCAUCCUUCUCGGAAUUAUAUUCAGAUGCUGCAGUUGAAGUGAAGAAACGCAAAAUGUCUUCAGUUGAUGAUGAAGGCGAGAAACCAAGUUAAAAAAACAUUCUAAAAAAUGCAGUUAAAAAUACUUUUAUUUGGUUAAUGGUUAAAGAAAACAUUUUUACCGUGUAUGUACAUUCUUUAUGUAGGCCUGCAUAGAAUUUCAUGUCAACUGUUUUUAUGUUGAAUAAAGUUUUUAACUUUUAA